AUGUCGCUCAAGAUAAGCAGCUUCAAUAUACUCAAUACUCACAGGUUUUAUGAGCAGCGUAUCCCUCUAAUAAAACGUGCAAUCCAAGAAAUGAACUGUGAUGUUAUAGGCGUUCAAGAAAUAAACUAUGAAGGAAAUAAAGAAGUGUAUAUAACCCCAGACUAUGACUUUAAAUUCUCCCCAUUAGCAGAAUCAAUGGGACCUUGGAAUGUUAAUGAGAUCCCAGAAGCUUAUCGAUGACUUGAAGGAUUUAGAAUAGAUGGAAAUGCUUUUUUAGUUAAGCCAAAAAUUAAAGUAUUAGCAGAGGGAUUCCAUCAAUAUUUGGACAAUUUGCGAAAUGCUCAAAGGAUGAAAAUAAGGGUUAAAGAUCAAGAAAUAUGAAUCGUCAAUACUCAUUUAGACUGGCAAAGCGAUGAAAGCAGGGUAAAAGAAAUCGAAGAGCUAUUAGAUUGAAUAAAACCAAUGAUGGAUUUUCCUAUUGUUAUUACUGGAGAUUUUAACGCCACACCUGACUCUGAAGUAUAUCGCUUACUUUCAGAGAAGUUUCAGUCUGCACUGUAUUCAAUGAAUGGAAAAGAGCCUGAUAAAACUUAUCCAUCUGAACUUUUGGACCAUGAGGAAAUCAUGCGAACAUGACAUUAUGAGCUUUUAGGCCCUAAAGUACCCAGAGUAUACGAUUAUAUAUGAUUCAGAAAUAUCAAGCUUAAAGAUGCGAAGGUUAUAAAUAGCAUCAAAGAGGGAUUAUUUUGUCCUAGUGAUCAUUAUCCAUUAGUAGCUGAAUUUGAAUUGAAUUAA